AUGGAGGCGACGACAAGUGGCCCUCCAGGCAAGGUCGACGAAGAGACCGCUCGUCUACAGAAACGUAUCAAGCUCAAGCAGCUAAAUCUCUCGGGAACCAAUGAAACAGGCUCGUGGAUCUCCUUGCAGACACUGGUCAAGCAUACAGCGUUAAUCAAGCGUAUUCGACAGUCUAUGGCCUCUGACAACAAGGAUCAUAUCAUGAAAGAUAUCGAUUCCUUGUCACUGGAGAAAUACAUAGACGAGAUAGCUGGAGCUGUGGUCGAAGGCUUGUCCAGAUGCAAAACAGAACGGGACGUCUGGGGCGCUGUCGAAGUCAUCUGCGCCCUUCACCGUCGGUUUCCCAAUACAUUUACACCUGCGGUCAUAAGUUCUUUAGCAACAGCGCUUACUCCGCCAACCAAGGCAUAUCUCGCCACCCUGACACCGGAGCAGCGGGAGAAAGAAGACAAUGCGAGGAUAUCGCGUCAGAGGCCUAUUCUACGCGUUUGUUCUGAACUUGCACUUGUUGGAAUCAUUCGUGAUUCACCGGAUAGAAGUGGUGGGGAGUGGAUAAUGAAGACAAUGAAGGAUCUGCUAUCCAAUGACCCCGCGCUAUCUUCUCUUCCUCUGCUUGCAACCUUCCUCAAGUCAUACGGCCGUCCUUUCCUUGGCCUCGUUCCUCCCGCAACGGCUAAGCAGAUUCCUUCCGACUCAGAACCUGGUACUCUAUCCGAGAACCUUGCAAAUGAAAGUCAAGAAGGAAAACCUGCGACGGUAUCCGAAGAAGAAGAGUUGAUUGAGCAAGACAUCCGAGACCGAUUCAAGCGUAUGUGCGAGGGUUAUUUCGAGAGUGUAUGCAAGAAGCUCGUCAAGGAACAUAAGCGUCUUCAGGAGCAAGACAAGCGCAACCACGAAGCCUACAUUCGUUCUGGAGAGAUUUUCGAAGAUAGGCAACAGGCGUAUGAGAAGAUGACGAAAAGCUACGAGAAGCUUCAUUCCAGUUGCCAGUCACUGUCGGAACUUCUCUAUCUUCCCCUUCCGGAAUUGCCUACAUCAACCCAAAAAUCGGAUUCGAUUCAGAUUGGUUCAAGCGGCAAUUCACUUCUCACCGACUCAGAUGAGAAUAUCACUACGGGAGGCAAAUGGGAAGAUGAAGAAGAGCGAAGAUUCUACGAAGAGAUUCCAGAUCUGCGCGACUUUGUCCCCAGUAGUGUUCUAGGUGUUGAGGCGGCGUCAGAGGAGGAGAGCAAAGAGCAAGAAGAGGCCAAGGAGAAAGAACGUAUUGAGAGAGAGAAAGAGGAGGUCCGAAAGCUGGAAGAGGAGCUUCAGAAGCUGGAGGUUGGUGGUUCAAGCGCUGCUUCAGCUCCUGCGACCGGAGACUCUGAAGACGUGGAAGACGACCUCCCUACUCCCAAGGCUGGAACCCCGAAAGCAACAACACCGCCCCUCUCCCCUCACCUGGCUCCACAAGGCCCAUCGCAACUCUUGACUGCCCUUCUGGCCAAACUCCCUGAUGCCGUUAGCCGAACUAUGAUCGACCAAGCGGCAGUUGAGUUUGCAUUCCUGAAUUCCAAAGCCGCUCGGAAACGUCUCAUCAAGUUCAUGUCCCAAGUUCCCAAAAAUCGGGUUGAUCUACUACCCCAUUAUUCAAGGCUGAUUGCAAUCUUGAACAAGUACAUGCCUGAUAUCGGGAGUGAGGUUGUGUCUAUUCUGGACGAAGAGUUCAGGUACCUCCAGAGGAAGAAGAACGUCGUCAAGGAGCUAGCGGAAGUUAGGAUGAAGAACAUCAUCUUUCUUUCCAACUUGACCAAAUUCCGGGUCGUCCCCUUCCACCUUAUCUUACACAUGUUCAAAGUAUGCUUGGACGACUUUGCUGGCACCAACAUUGAGAACAUUGCGUUGCUGCUGGAGGGAUGCGGACGCUUCUUGCUGAGAACGGAGGAGACAAGGGAGCGGUUCGGAACCAUGUUGGAAUUGAUGAAGCGGAAGCAAACGAUGCAACACCUUGAUCAACGCCAGCUGCUGCUCCUCGAGAAUGCCUAUUAUCAGUGCAAUCCACCAGAGCGCGCUCCACGGCAAGAAAAGAUUCGCACGCCUAUGGAACUCUUUAUCCGACACCUUAUUUACGACGUUCUCAGCAAGAAGACGAUUGACAAGGUCCUCAAGCUGAUCCGGAAGUUGGACUGGGACGACGAGAAUGUUCGGCGAGUUCUUCAUAAGGUCUUUACCAAACCAUGGAAGAUUAGAUACAGCAACAUCAGUCUGCUGGCGAUGUUGACAUACGAUCUUCAACGAUAUCGACCGGCGUUUGCGAUCGCUGUGGUGGAUCAAAUUCUGGAAGACAUUCGGCGCGGAUUGGAGCAGAAUGUCUACAGCACGAACCAGCGAAGACUUGCGACGGUCAAAUAUCUCGGAGAGUUGUAUAUCUAUCGUUUAUUGAGCUCCGGUAUUAUCUUCGACACGCUCUGGACGAUCGUAACCUUCGGCCAUCCGGAAGGUCGGCCACUGCCGCACCAAAUGGUCCCAAUAGACAUGCCGGACGACUUUUUCAGAAUUCGGCUUGUUUGUGUCCUGCUGGAUACCUGCGGGAUGUGCUUCGACCGUGGUACACAGAAGAAGAAACUCGAUAACUUCCUGACCUUCUUUUUGCUUAACAGGAGACUGCAGUAUUAUGUUCAGUGCAAGGACCCUCUACCGAUGGAUGUUGAGUUUGUCUUGUCCGAUUCCUUGGAGGCUGUACGACCCAAGCUAGAGAUGCCGAAGAAUAUCGAGGAAGCUGCGAAGGCGGUGGAUGAGAUGUUCAACACGGCCUUCCAGUCUGCGGGCCUUCCUGAGGAGCAGAGCGACGAAGGAGAAGGCAGCGAUGACGAGGGUGAUGGCGAUGAAGAAGGACGAAGAGAUGGCGCGAGAGACGAGGAUGGCGAUUUAGACGAGCCUGAAUCCCCGGUCGAGAAGCGUGCACAGUCACCAGAAGAACCUGAUGUUGUCAUCUCUGCAAAGGAACGCCAGGAGUUCUUGGGUCCUUCAGAGGAAGCUGAAGCAGAGUUUGCAAAAGAGUUGGCCAAGAUGUUCACCGACACUUCGACGGAAAGCAGAAAGGUUGACAAGAAGACCGCGCAAGCGCUAUGGGACUCUACCGUGAUACCGCCUGCCGUUCUCAAGAAGAAAGUGGAGAGCGAUCCGGCAGCGUCGGAGAGCGGUGUGACCAGCUUUACGGUGCUCACUAAGCGAGGCAACAAGCAGGUGGCGCGACAAUUGGCCGUGCCAUCUACAUCAACCCUGGCCGUGGCCACCAAGUCUCAGCAACUCCAAGACAAGGUCGAGCAGCAGCAAUUGAAACAGCUAGUUUUGGACUACGAGCAACGAGAAGAAGCAGAAGAAAUGAAAGCGAGAAUGGAAUCACAGCGUAAUCGAGGCCAGAUAAAGAUUCGCCUGGCGGGAUAG